AUGAAGUGUAUAUUAGCAUUAAUUCUGUUGCUUUUAACAAGUUUUCUGAAAGUAGACUGCAAAAAUGACAAAUAUCAUUGUACGUGGUAUAAAGAGUGUAAAGUAAGCGAUAACUCUAAUAGUUUACGAAACUGUCUAUCUGGACAGCCAGCACAACCAAUCAACAAUGUCACAGCUGAAUAUAUUUUUAAACAGCGAUGUCCACAUUUUUUCAAUAAUACAGACGAAAUACUAACUUGCUGUGAUGCUGCACAAAUUAUUACAAUGGAUAUAAAUAUGGGACGAGCAGAAGCGAUAUUUGGUAGGUGUGCUUCCUGCAUGAAAAAUCUAUUCCGUUCCAUAUGCGAUUUUACGUGUCAGCCGGAUCAAAGCCGAUUUAUGAACGCUAUGGAAAUUCUUAAAAAUGACAAAGGCGAGACUUAUAUCGAAUCCGUAGAGAUCUUGUUGUCCGAAGAAUAUGCAAACCAAACUUUUGAUUCGUGUAAGAACGUCCAAAAUCCAACAAGCAAUCAAUUAGCACUUGAUUUGGCUUGUGGUGGUGCUAAAAGCUGUACUCCAAGACGUUGGUUCGAAUUUAUGGGAUCACCCAGCAAAUCUGCUGGUAUGGUACCUUUCGUAGUGAAGUAUGCAUUUAGCCAAAACGAAUUGAAAACCAAAAAUUUAAGUGAUCCAUUGAAUCCUCCAACGAAAAAAUGCAGCGAUCCAUAUGACAACUCUUCACUCUCUUGUAGUUGUGCAGAUUGUACUUCGACUUGCAAAGACAAUUACGUGCCGAUGGAUGCCAGUGAAUUUGAAAUUUUUGGUUGGAACGCUUAUGGGGUGAUAGCAGGUGUCACCGUUCUCGGCCUCAGUACUCUCUUCACAGUAGGAUUUCUAAUGUUCAGCCGAAAGUCUACUGCGACUGCCGACCGCCUAGAAUUCCCGACAUUGGACAGCGGCACGUUGCUUGAAAAAUUGGAUCAGCCUACGACUUACGGCGAUAGAUUUCGACAAAUUUUAGAAUUGACAUUCGAAUCGAUUGGCUAUUUUUUCGCUAAACAUCCCGUCAGCUCGAUAGCCAUAAUCGUAAACAUUGUUUUCAUAUGCGCCUUCGGAGUGUCAUAUCUAACCAUUACUUCGAAUCCUAUCGAAAUCUGGGCUGCGCCGAGUAGUCGUUGUCGAGUGGAAAAAGAUUACUUCGAUCAACACUUCCAACCAUUUUAUCGCACAGAACAGAUCUUUAUCAAAUCUGUAGGUUUGGAAUCGGUAUAUAAUUACGACAUUGACGAUGACGAGUUAAAUUUCGGACCCGUUUUCCAAAAAAAAUUUCUACGUGCUGUUCAUGCUUUACAAGAAAAAAUACUAGAGAUCGGUCAAGACGAGAGGGAAGGUUUGGAAAAGAUCUGCUAUGCGCCAGUGAAAAAUGACUUUUCUGGCCCAAUGACAUUAUCGUACUGCACAGUGCAAAGUGUGUGGGGAUAUUUACAGAAUGACAUUGAGGUGUUAGAGGCGAAUUAUUUGCAAGAACUAUACGAAUGCAUAUCGAAUCCCUAUCAAAUUAAUUGCCUCGCGCCAUAUAAGGGACCGAUAAUACCUGCAAUCGCAUUGGGCGGAUUUCUCGAAGACGACAAAGAAAGUUACGGAGCGGAUGAUUACGUUACGUCGAAUGCACUGGCGCUGACGUUUCUAGUGAACAAUCCGAAAGACAAAGACAAAUUAGAUCUGUCGAUGAAAUGGGAACAACGAUUCAUAGAUUUCAUGAAAAAGUGGGACAAAGAGGAGCGUCCUGAAUUUAUGGAAGUUGCCUUUUCAACCGAGAGAUCUGUCGAGGAUGAGCUUGAAAAGACGUCGAAAGCUGAAGGCGUGACAACGGCAAUCAGCUACACAGUGAUGUUUGUUUACAUUGCGUUGGCGUUAGGACAAUUUCGAUUGUCGCUUGACUGCUUCAUCACCAGUAGGAUCGUGUUGAGCAUCGGUGGAAUAUUCACAGUUAUGUCAUCGGUAGUUUCUGCUAUUGGAAUAUUCGGAUACAUGGGUGUGCCCACGUCACUUCUUACAAUCGAAGUCAUUCCGUUCCUCGUGCUAGCCGUAGGAGUAGACAAUAUAUUCAUUCUGGUCAGAGCGCACGAAAAGUACCCAAGGAAAAGCACGGAGUCGAUAGCAGGGCACAUAGCUCGCACCGUCGCCAUGGUCGGGCCGUCGAUGCUGCUGACGAGCGCGUCGGAAUGCUUGUGCUUCGCGAUCGGCUCGAUGUCUAACAUGCCGGCCGUAAAUACGUUUGCGAAAUUCGCUGCUCUCUCGAUAUUAUUCAACUUCCUCCUGCAGAUAACCGCUUUCGUUAGCAUAAUGUCCUUAGACAGCAUGCGCCAGGAAGCAAACCGCCUGGAUUGCUGCUGCUGUAUAUCUUUGAAUAGGCACUCGACGAGAGCGCACGAUCGAGGUCUAGUCAAUAGGUUUUUCGAAAGAAUAUACACCCCAUUUAUCAUGAACAAAGUGGUGCGUGUUGUGGUCUUUCUUAUCUUCAUCGUCGCAUUGGCGUCGAGUGCUGUUCUCGUUCCCGCCACUGAAAUCGGCCUUGACCAACAACUCUCAAUGCCAGAUGAUUCUUACGUUUAUAAAUAUUUCGAGUUCAUGCAAGAGGUUUUGUCGAUGGGACCACCGGUAUAUUUCGUCGUUAAGCAAGGAUUGAAUUACAGCGACGUUAGAGUGCAAAAUGCAGUAAGUGGAGCUUCUGGUUCUAACGACGAUUCCAUUUACAUGCAAUUAUUUUCAGCUGCGAAUCGAUCGAAAGAAACAUACAUAGCGCAAGCUGCGUCUUCGUGGAUUGACGAUUAUUACGACUGGACUACUAUCAAGGGCUGUUGCAAAUAUUUCAAGAUUAACGAUUCCUUUUGCCCGCACGACUAUUCAAGCGACCUGUGUAACGAUUGUGAUAUUGCGCGUCAUCAAUACUAUAAUUUAAGACCUAAUACAACCAGUUUCCGUAAAUACAUUCCUCAUUUUUUGACUGACGUGCCUGAUCAAUUUUGUGCCAAAGGCGGUAGAGCAGCUUAUCAUGACGGUGUAAAUUAUUAUUAUGAUAAUUAUGGACUCACAAAUGUUGGUGACACAUAUUUUAUGUCUUAUCACACGCCAUUAAAAAAAGCAUCUGAUUGGUACGAAGCAUUACGCAGUGCAAGAUCAAUCGCAGAGAGUAUCACGAAUAUGAUUAAUAAUGCUAAUUUAACCAGUACUAAAAUCACGGUAUUCCCAUACAGUGUAUUUUAUGUAUUCUAUGAACAAUAUCUUGAUAUAAAGUUCAUGACAUCCAUUUCAUUAUCUCUAUCCUUAAUAUCUAUAUUUAUUGCAACAUUCAUCUUUAUUGGAUUUUCACUGUUUUCUGCAAUUAUUGUAUUGCUAACAGUUGGAAUGAUUGUUAUAAACUUGGCAGGGUCAAUGUACUGGUUAAAUAUUUCUUUAAAUGGAGUUUCUCUAGUCAAUCUAGUCAUGGCUGUCGGAAUUUCCGUCGAAUUUUGCAGUCACAUGGUUCAUGCUUACAUAAUAUCAAAUAAAAAGACCAGAGAAGAAAAAACAACAGAAGCUUUAUCUCGUGUAGGAAGUUCUGUAUUCUCUGGCAUAACACUCACUAAAUUUGUUGGAAUUGCAGUACUUGGUUUUGCUAAAACUAAAAUAUUCACUGUCUUUUACUUUCGAAUGUACUUAGGUAUAGUUAUAUUUGGAGCAGCUCAUGGACUUAUAUUUUUACCUGUUUUGUUGAGUUACAUAGGUCCCUUGUGA